ACAAAGAGGACAAAUAUGAUGUGAAGAAAACGUGACCUGAUUAAUAACUCUUAGAAUAACAAAUGGAGGAUACGAAAGAUCAAAGAAGUGUUGGCGAGACUGUAUCGACCGCCGGCGCUUCCAGUUGGUUUUGUAACUGGUUUACAUGGUCCCCAACCUCAGAGAAGCUGCUAGAGGAAGCAGAAUCUCAAAUAUUACAAAAAACCCAAUCUUACUAUGAGAGCCAAUUUGUGCCGUUGGGAAAUGGACAGAGGAUAUGGACCUUAAAAUUCAGUCCAAAAGCUACUAGAGUACCACUGGUCCUGGUUCAUGGGUUUGGAGGAGGUGUUGGUCUCUGGGCAUUAAAUUUUGAUGCCCUCUCCAAGAACAGGUCUGUUUAUGCAUUUGAUGUGCUGGGGUUUGGUCGCAGCUCGCGGCCUCAAUUGAGUUCAGAGCCAUUGGAAGCUGAAGAACAGUUUGUGGACUCCAUUGAGAAAUGGCGGGAGAAGGUCGGCCUGGAAAAGUUUGUUCUUUUGGGUCACAGCCUUGGUGGGUUCUUGGCAAGCUCCUAUGCCUUGAAGUACCCUUCCAGAAUCCAGCAUCUGAUCUUAGCUGAUCCAUGGGGAUUUCCCGUGAAACCCACAGAAGAUAAUAUGAAUAUACACAUCCCUGUGUGGGUCAAAUUCUUAGGAGCGGUUUUAAGUCCUUUUAAUCCAUUAGCUGGAUUACGUGUGGCUGGUCCAUGGGGUCCUUCUCUGGUGAGACAAUUCAGACCUGAUUUUCAAAGAAAGUUUUCCAGUAUUCUGCCCGAUGACACCAUAUUUAACUACAUUUACCACUGCAAUGCACAAGUACCUAGUGGAGAGACGGCUUUCAAGAACAUGACCAUUCCAUACGGCUGGGCCAAGCAUCCAAUGAUAUAUAGAAUUGGUAAUGUCAACAAAGUCGUUCCUAUAACAAUGAUUUAUGGAUCAAGAUCAUGGAUUGAUCACAACACAGGAAAGGAAACCAAGGAGAGGCGCAGUGGUUGUUAUGUAGAUGUUCAGGUAAUUAGUGGAGCAGGGCAUCAUGUCUACGUGGAUAAACCCGACAAAUUCAAUGAUUUAGUGGAGGGAAUAUGUCAAAAUGUGGAUAAUGAAGAUAGUGCAAAAUAAUUUAGUUUGGGACAUGUACAUUCAGUCUGUAAAUAAGGUUGUCUUAAUUGUAGCUUUAAUUGUCAAGUUUCUAAUUCAGUAAAAUUUCAUUGCUUCCAGAACUGCUUGAAAAUUUUGUGGUUUCAAUUUUUCUCAUAAUACUUAUAGCCCUUAAUCUACAAAAAUUAGGUUCCCUCUGAUUAAUUUUUAUGGUACAUAGUGUCAGUUUCUAUGCAUUGCAAAGUUUGAUAUUUUAGUUUGCUUCUUUUCUUAUUUAAGCAUUGUACUUUCCUGAAAAUUAUUUUCCUAAUCAGGCACAAUAUCUACUAAAUAGAAUUCCUGUCAGUAUCCAGCAGUCCUAAAUCUUCAGUAGAGUUAUUGCCUCAUUUAUUCAGGUAAUUAAGAUUUAAUAUGAUUCAUGAUAGGUUAAUAAUGAAACAUUUCAGUUUUGAAUGAAUUGCAAGUGCUGCAAUCAAGGUUUCAGUGUCAAGUUUCAAUGUAAAAUGGGCCUCAUAACAUUUUAAGUAAUCCUUGGAAAAUGAUUUUUUUAAGAACAGUCUGGUCUUAAGCAACCAGAAACCAUUGCAUGAAACUUCAUGAACUGAAAUUCAUAAAGUGGUCAAUUGUCUGCCAAUUAUUUAUUUAUUUAGCAAAUUGGAAAAACUGAAGAAAUUUUAUUUUGGGCCAGACAGAGGUUAAAGCCUGGUAUCCUUGCUAAAUUCUGGCUUUUACUCAUUAACAAUGAAAUGAAAGUUAUCAGUUGAGAGUACAUGAAUUAUUCAGCUGCUAUGUUAAGUUAAUGAUUCCGCUUCAUUUUCAUCAAAUUGCCGCAUGCUAAAAAUGGAAAUUGUGCUUAAGUGAAUUUUUUAUUUCAAAUUAUGGGUGUAGGUACUCUUUGAUCUGAGUGUGUAAAUUAUUCAGUCAAUAGUUCUUCACUGCUUGCUAAAUCAUUUAGCCAAUAUUACUAUUAACUUAUUAAAUAAAUUUUAUUUUAAUGUAUAGCAUAAAACAAUUUGUGAUGUAGUUUAUAAUAAUACUUUCAACUGAAAGUAGUUAAGAAAAAUUGCACACAAUAGACAUGAAUUCAAUUCUCAACAUUAGUCAAGUUUAACAGGGUAAUAAAUUUGUUGUAGGGUUGUGAUAAGUCAUAAUAUUAUACUAUUCUUUUUAAAUACAUCUCUUAACUUAGUGUAACUGUGAAAACAAUGGUCCUGUUUGGUGUUCAGUAAAUUUUCUCUGCAAUUUUCUAGACACUUUAAUUUCUGCAAGAGCUUUGGGCACAAUUUAAUAAGUAAACAGGCACAUUUUCCCUGAUAUUAAAUGUAAACAGCUCCAGCUUCUCUAUUGUUCUAUGAAGUAUUAUGGCUGAGGGGGGAAUUAGACAGAUAUUUUUUUUAAUACAAUAAACUGAAGGAAAUGUACUCAGAACAACAAUAUUUUUUAUAUCCUUAAUGUACAUUGCAUACUGUGAAUUAUAAUGGGAAGAUAAUUAAUGGUACAUUUAGUUUUUAACUCUAAUUAUUAUGUAGCCUACAAUACAUAUAGCUAGGAUCAAUCUAGAUUUCUGAGUAAUACUGAAUUGACCCAUAGCUGGGAACUUAACACCGGAAAGUGGAUAACUCAUUUGUCACUCUGGUUAUAAACAUGCAGAAUUCUGAUGUUGUAUUUCUUGAAAAUAAAAAUUUGUAUUGCACAUUUA